AUGGUCACUAAGGGGCCGGGGUGCGGUGCGGCUCCCCUCACACAGCGCCGGGUCCCCGCCUCCUGCUGCCCGAGCCGCGCUCGCUGGGCUCUGAGGGAGCCGCCGCCGCCGCCGCCAGACUCUGAGCAGCCGCCACUAGGGGAGGAGGGAGCGCGCCUGCGCCGCCGCCCGGGCUGGGGGACGGGAGGAGGCGGCGGGGCCGCCGGCGGCUCCAGUGCCCGGCGCGGGGGAGUCCGGUCCCAGCCCGGCUACCUGAGAGCGGCGCGGGGCUCGGGCCGCCUCAGUGCGCAGGUGCGGGCCCAAGAGCCACGCUCCAGUCUGAGUCUGGAAAUCUGCACAGCAAUGAAACAGCCCUGCAUCCCUAGCCUGAAUCGGCUCAGCACGAACCAGCUCCAGGUUUAGGAAGUGGGAGGGUCUGCAGAGGUCUUCACUCCCCUUCAGCCAUAGGGGAUGGUCACAAGGAUCUUCAGUCUCUUCCCACUAUUCAGGGCUCAGGGAAAGGGGGUUGUUUCCAAUCUUCUCUUCCUCCCAUUCCCAGGCCUGAGGAGAUAGUCCUGAGGUCUUCAGUUUCCUUAUUCCCAAGUCUGGGAAGGGAAGCUAAGUAGGACUCUUAAUUCUGACUUCCCCCUAGCCAAGAGCAGCAGAAGUGACCAUGGAAGAGGCAGCAGGAGGAAGAACUCAGAGCUCGCUUGCCAGGAGUCGGUACCAGGAGGAAAUGGGAGAUCUUGGAGGCAGAUGCCAUCCUAGCUAGGAAGUUCUACGCACACCAUGCCCAUGAGCUCUGCAGCUUAUGAGGAAUCUUGGUCUACAUCUGUUAAGGCUGAUUUCCCACUCUGGCACUUUGAGUGCAGAAUAUGGGCACCUGCAAGGAAUCUAAAAAUUAAUACUGGCUACUCUAUGCUUGUCUUAAACUCCCA